AUGACCCAUUCCCCAAAAACAACACCCCCCUUCAACAACCUCACCCUCGACCCCGCCGGACCCCCAGGCAACACAUGGGGUCUCUGGGGCCGUGACAAUGACCUAGGAAUGCUAAAUCUGCUGACGCCAGAAGUGGUGCAGAGGACAGCAGCCGAGGAGAUCCGCACGGGGGUGCGGUUCUCGCUCGACCUCCCGCUGGAUCGACUGAAGCAUCCUAGCUAUGGCAGGGAGCCGUUCGCGCAGCGCAUGAUCAAUAAGGCGCCGAGGGUGGUUAAUGAUGACGUGUUGACUUUCAAUACGCAGGCGGGGAGUCAGUGGGAUGGGUUUCGGCAUUAUGGAGACCAGAAAAUGGGCUGUUUCUUCAACGGACACAAGCAGGAAGACCUGACGCUGUCACCCGUGAUAGGAAUAGACUCAUGGGUCAACAAAGGCGGCAUAAUCGGCCGCGGCAUCCUCCUCGACUACGCAACCUACGCCCACAAGAACAACAUCCCACUGUCCCCCUUCACAACAUCCCCAAUCCGCCUGCACCACCUGCAACAAAUCCUCACCGAAACCAACACCACGCCCCGCCCCGGCGACAUCCUCCUCAUCCGCACCGGCUUCAAAGCAGCCUACGACGCCCUCACCCCCAGCGAAGAGCGCGCCCUCGCCGCCCGCCCCUCGCCCGACUUCUUCGGCGUCGAAAACGGCGAGCCCACGCUGCGCUGGCUGUGGGAGAACCAGUUUGCGGCGAUCGCGAGCGAUGCGCCCAGCUUUGAGCCCAGUCCGAUUUUGCCGGAGGAGUUUACGCUGCAUCGGUGGUGUCUUGCGGGGUGGGGGAUGCCGAUUGGGGAGUAUUUCGAUUUGGAGGGGGUGAGUGAGUACUGUAGGGAGAGCGGACGGUGGAGCUUCUUUUUGGCGAGUGUGCCGUUGAAGGUGCCUGGUGGAGUGGCGAGUCCACCUAAUGCGGUGGCUAUCUUUUAG